ACAGGUUCUUAGAAGGUGAGUGGGGACGGCAUGCAAAGUUGUGAAUCCAGUGUGGACAGUGCGGAUGACUCUCUCAGUCGUGGCCUGCGGAGAAGGGGACAGCCUCGUGUGGUGGUGAUCGGCGCUGGCUUGGCUGGCCUGGCCGCAGCCAAAGCACUUCUGGAGCAGGGCUUCACAGAUGUCACUGUGCUUGAGGCUUCUAGCCACAUCGGAGGCCGCGUGCAGAGCGUGAAACUUGGACGCGCCACCUUUGAACUGGGAGCCACCUGGAUCCAUGGCUCCCAUGGGAAUCCUAUAUAUCAUCUAGCAGAAGCCAAUGGCCUCUUGGAAGAGACAACCGAUGGAGAACGCAGUGUGGGCCGCAUCAGCCUCUACUCCAAGAAUGGUGUGGUCUGUUACCUUACCAACCAUGGCCACAGGAUCCCCAAGGACGUGGUUGAGGAAUUCAGCGAUUUAUACGACGAGGUCUAUAACUUGACCCAGGAAUUCUUCCGGCAUGGUAAACCAGUCAAUGCUGAGAGUGAGAAUAGCGUGGGAGUGUUCACUCGGGAAGAGGUGCGAAAUCGAAUCAGGGAUGACCCUGAUGAUCCGGAGGCUACCAAGCGCCUGAAACUCGCCAUGAUCCAGCAGUACCUGAAGGUGGAGAGCUGCGAGAGUAGCUCACACAGCAUAGACGAGGUGUCCCUGAGCGCCUUCGGGGAGUGGACAGAGAUUCCGGGCGCCCACCACAUCAUCCCCUCGGGCUUCAUGCGGGUGGUGGAGCUGCUGGCGGAGGGCAUCCCCGCCAACGUCAUCCAGCUGGGCAAGCCGGUCCGGUGCAUCCACUGGGACCAGGCCUCAGCCCAUCCCCGGGGCCCUGAGAUUGAGCCCCGCCGGAAGGGUGACCACAAUCACUACAGUGGGGAGGGCGGCCAGCGCGGAGAGGGCCCCCAGGGGGAGGGGUGGGGCGACGAGGAGCCGUGGCCGGUGGCGGUGGAGUGUGAGGACUGCGAGGUGAUCCCUGCGGACCAUGUGAUCGUGACGGUGUCCCUGGGCGUCCUCAAGAGGCAGUACACCAGCCUGUUCCAGCCCAGCCUGCCCACAGAGAAGGUGGCUGCCAUCCAUCGCCUGGGCAUCGGCACCACCGACAAGAUCUUCCUUGAGUUCGAGGAACCUUUCUGGGGUCCCGAAUGCAACAGCUUACAGUUCGUGUGGGAGGACGAGGCGGAGAGCCGCACCCUCACCUACCCACCUGAGCUCUGGUACCGCAAGAUCUGCGGAUUCGAUGUCCUGUACCCGCCCGAGCGCUACGGCCACGUGCUGAGUGGCUGGAUCUGCGGGGAGGAGGCCCUGGUCAUGGAGAAGUGUGACGACGAGGCGGUGGCCGAGAUCUGUACGGAGAUGCUUCGUCAGUUCACAGGGAACCCCAAUAUUCCAAAACCUCGGCGAAUCCUGCGCUCAGCCUGGGGCAGCAACCCCUAUUUCCGAGGUUCUUAUUCAUACACGCAGGUGGGCUCAAGUGGGGCUGAUGUGGAGAAGCUGGCCAAGCCCUUGCCCUACACAGAGAGCUCCAAGACAGCGCAUGGAAACUCCACAAAGCAGCAGCCUGGUCACCUUUUAUCAUCCAAGUGCCCAGAACAGUCCUUGGAACCUAGUAGAGGCUCCAUAAAGCCCAUGCAGGUGCUGUUUUCUGGUGAGGCCACCCACCGCAAGUACUACUCCACCACCCAUGGUGCUCUGCUCUCUGGCCAGCGUGAGGCUGCACGUCUCAUCGAGAUGUAUCGAGACCUCUUCCAGCAAGGUCCCUGAGGGCUGUCCUUACUGCCAUCAUGUUCCUUAAAGAACCACUAACUCGUGACUGCCAGCCCUGUCCCUUACUCCUGUGUGCUCCUAAUUACCGGUAGAAUGUUUUUUAAAAAUCUUAUCUUCUAUAGAGCUAGACACCUGGCUGGUUUCAGAUUGGGCCCUGUAGCAUUUCCUUUCCUCUGGGCCAGGUGGUGACCAGGUAGAACCAUGUGAUUGACCUCUGUGCUGGGACACUGACCUUCUGCCCCUCCCUCCUCCUCCCUUGUUAUUGCAAGUGCCUUCAAUACUUUACAUUUUGGGGUAAUA